GCGGGCCUGGUCACGUGACCCACGUCCCGUCUGCGCACCGGGAUGGAGCCGGAAGAGGGGACGCCCUUGUGGCGGCUACAGAAGCUGCCGGCUGAGCUGGUCCCGCAGCUUCUUCACAAAAUAAUUGAUGGCAUUUGUGGCCGAGCAUACCCUCUUUACCAGGAUUAUCAAAGUGUUUGGGAAUCAACAGAAUGGAUGCAUGUUCUAGAAGAUCUUACCAAGUUUUUCAAAGCUGUAGUUGGGAAAAAUUUAUCUGAUGAAGAGAUAUUUCAGCAGCUGAAUCAGUUGAAUUCUUUUCAUCAAGAAUCUAUCAUGAAAUGCUUGAGAAGUAGGAAAGAUGAAAUCAAGCAGGCUCUGUUAGGAGAAAUAGUUGAUAUUUCUACUUCGCAGCUGCAGGAUUUUGAUUGGCAGUUAAAGCUUGCACUUUCCAGUGACAAGAUUGCUACAUUACACAUGCCACUUUUAAACCUUCAUCUAGAUAUAAGAGAAAAUGGUGAAGUAAAGCCGUAUUCUGUAGAAAUGAGCAAGGAGGAACUGCAGAAUCUAAUACAUUCCUUGGAAGCUGCGAAUAAGGUGGUCCUGCAGUUGAAAUAACUGGAGAUGAUGAGUACCAGCACGCUCAGACUUCACUGCUAAGCUGCUAGGGCAGAGUGACCAGAAGCCCUGUGACAGAUCGGCUGUUAACACUGGGCUGAGAAAGCAGCAGUGUUGAGAUGACUGAGAUAAAAAUUCAUCAUCAUCCCUAAAGAACAGGAAAUUACAUGGUUGGCAGGAAGUACAUAAAAUGAAAGAUGAAAAAUUUUUAGUAGCAGGUUAUAUUUUCAUAAUGAUUGUUUUGCCUCAUUUAUUAAAUAUUUGAGAAAUCUUUGUAGAUAUACAAUUUUAUUAAAAGGUAAAAAUAGGUUCUAAAGUAUUGUAAACAUGCAAAGCACAAAUAUAUUGACUAUUGCUUAAAGAAUUAUAUGAAUAGCGAGGACAUCUAUUAUGAAUAUGUGAUUAAUUUGGAUUUUUUAAAAAAGUAACUUUUUAAAAGAUUAUAUAAGCUGUAUAUAUAACUCAGGAGAUUCCAUAUCUUUCUCAUAUGUCAAAGGAAAGCUAUAAAAUAUAAAAUUUCUUAGAGAACAGCUCUUCAUCUGACAUGAACAACAAAAAAAUACUCCAAAUUAUGUGAAUAGUUUUGAGUUUGUGUAUUCAAGAAAGUAAAAUCUAAAAUAUGGAAAAAGGAACAUAACAUUGUUAUUUCUGCAUUUCUAUGUCUGAUUGGGAAACCACUGUGAUAAAAAGAAUAGAUGUCAUUGUAUAGUGUAUAUACUAUCCAGAUAUCAGAUAAGACUAUAUACAAGUCCAUUUUUGUUAUAAACUCUUAAUAUUGAAUUUGACACUUUUGGAUGUUAAUAAAUUUAUUGGAAAACAAACCAUUUUUAAACAUAGUUAACUUUAAAAACAAGCAUUCUGAACAAAUAAAAAAGUCUUAUUUUUA